AUGCGUCCCUGGCUCGAGUUCUCGCUCCUGCCUGCUCUCUGCCUGAGUUGUCUCACUUCGCGAAAUGUCCUCGACACUGCCGAGCGAUUAUUCUGCGAGUGGAAUGGGACAGUCGACUUCUCGGAGUUUGGAAUCGGCUCGUUCGAUUCUAGCUUCUGGAAGUGUGAACCUGACAGUCCCAAAGUGAUCCAGCCCAAGUUUUUCUAUUAUACGAAGGAAAGGCAAAACGAAACGCAGAAGUAUGAAGUUCUUAGCGAUUACUGGACAAACGGCACUGAAAAAUUUAUUCAAAAAACGGACUUUCCCGAGAAACUGGUCGUCUUUACCCACGGUUUCGUCGAUUCAAUGGACAACGGUGAAACGACCCGGUGGACUGAGCCUGCUAGAGCUGAUCUCUUCAACCUUUCUCGACCUCCGAGCGUUUUGGAGUUCGACUGGAGUAAUGGUGCUGAGGACUUUUGGAACUAUGGAAGAGCUGCGACAAAUACGCAAGUUGCGGGCCGCCUUUUGGGUAAAUUUCUCUACGACGUAAAGCUCAAAAACCCCUCGCUGAAGAUUCACCUGGUCGGCCACAGCCUUGGCUCCCACGUCUGCGGCCAGGCAGGCUUCUGGCUCCGCACCAUCUCGAACGGCAGCUUCGAAGUCGACCGAAUCGACGGACUUGAUCCGGCUGGUCCAUAUUUCAUCAGCGACGAAGCCUUCAAAUUAUACAGUAAGCCUGAGCCGCUUCAGCCUUCUACAACCACCCUCGCGCCAGAAGACAAUUCAAGCGAUUCUUCAUCGAGCUUUUCUUCCUGGAGCGAAGGAUUUGAGAACUUUGAUAUCAAAGCUUGGUUCAAAGAAUUUCAAGCUCAGUUUUAUGAAGACAAGCCGGUACAAGUGGAGAUUUUCAAGGAUCAAGCGGCUCCAGUUGAUUCCAGACUCGAUCCAACGGACGCUAAGUUUGUUUCUGUGAUCCACACAAACGCAUUUGGCUUCGGCGUCUUCGAAAACAUCGGCCACUUGGACAUCUGGCCUGACGGCGGCCGCACCCAAUCCGGCUGCCAAAAAUUCGACCUUCUCGAUCAAUUCUCCAAGUGUUCCCAUCGCCUGGCGCACGAUCUGUGGCGCGUUUCAAUUUCCAAGCCUAUCGAAGUCACAAAUCUAUGCCCAAAGAACACUUCCACGACUGAAAUCAGCUACGAAAAUUGCCCAGAGACGAAGAGACACAAGAAUUUCCUCGGAUAUCAUGCGAUUCCGACGAAAACGAAAAGAUUUUAUUAUUUCAAUACAACCCAUGUUCAAGGCCUACAACCCAGAAACGAAGCCGAAGUAGCCGUGCGUUCAACUUCAAUCUUCAUCCCCCUCCUUAUCCUCGUUUCCAUGACCCUCUCCGUGCUUCACUGUGUCAAGCAACGCGGCAACAGGCAAGAAGGAGCACUUCCCGACGUUGAGCAAUUCGCCGAUUCGACCGUCUACGCGGAGGAACGCAUAAGCUUGAGCCCGCCUGUUCAAAAAGCAGACAACUGA